AUGCCCCGUCCGGACAGCUCUUACCCGCAGUUCAUCUGGAGAGAGGCAGACAGAGCCCGCUCGGACCCACGUCCCGGAGCCGCAGUGGGCUGGAGGGAGGAGAGGGCUCAGGGUAGGGUGAGCUGUGACCCGUGCGCUCUCGUCCAGCUCCGGCUCUCUGGACUCACUUAUCCCGACGAAGACCAGAGUGCCAUCGCCCGAGCCCGGAGACGCCGCAGACUGGCCGCCAACGCCCGUGAGAGGAGGAGGAUGCUGGGUUUGAACGUAGCCUUCGACCGCCUGAGGAGUGUCAUUCCUAAUGUGGAGAGUGACAGGAAGCUGUCCAAGUCUGAGACGCUUCAGAUGGCGCAGAUCUACAUCAGCACUCUGAGUGAGCUGUUGGAGGAAAGAGACUGCGACCCGGAAUUCAGUUACCCGAUGUUAGCGACGGGCGUGCAGGAUCAGGUCAUCGUGAAGGGUUCAAUGCCAAUGGAAGAGAACAAACCAGAGCAAAAAACCACUCCAACCCGUAGGAUAAGAUCAUAUGCUGGGAAUGCUGUGCGUCCCACUUGCUGUGACCCCAAAACACCUGAACUCUCAGUGGACUCUCACUAUAUGGAGAGGAGCAAUGGAGCAAAAUGA